AUGCGAGCACCUCUUUCACCCAGGCUUCGUUUGAGCCUGACCUUGACGUAUCUUGCUCAAGGAGAAAGCAUGCGGACGAAGCAUCUCGAAUUUAGAGUUGGAAAAUCUACGGUCUGCAAAAUAAUACCAGAAAUUUGCCGUGCUAUUUGGCUUGUUUUGCAACCUGUUGUGCUUCCCACACUUGAUGCCGAUGGCUGGAAAAGAAUAAGCGAACAGUAUAUGUUGAAAUGGCAAUUUCCAAACUGUAUUGGUGCUCUUGAUGGCAGACACAUAGAAAUUGAGAAGCCGCCAUGCUCUGGAUCACAGUACCAUAACUACAAGCGAUUUUUUAGUAUGGUGUUGUUGGCACUCUGUGAUGCAAAUCAUAAAUUUACAUGGGUGGACAUUGGACAGUUUG